AUGACGACCUCGACUUCGACCGCAGCAAUGACAUCAUUAUCAUCAGGAGGAGGAGGUGAAGACAACACAGCCGAAUGCAGACUGCUAGGCCCAUUUGCGCUACUCGUACAGCUUGCGCUCGGCGGCCUGGCCCUCCUAUCCCUCGUCUACAAGCGGUGGCGGGAGCGGCCGCAGAGGCCUGUCAAGAUCUGGUUCUUCGAUGUAUCGAAGCAGGUGUUUGGAAGUGUGCUGGUCCAUAUCGCCAAUGUCUUCAUGUCGAUGCUUACCAGCGGUCGGUUCUCAAUAAAGCUGGAUCCCACCACGGUGCAGAUAGUCCCACGUAUAGCUGCGAAGCUGGUAAGAAGGGAGGAUACGUAUGUGCCAAAUCCAUGCUCUUUCUACCUGCUGAAUCUGGCCAUCGAUACAACACUCGGUAUCCCGAUACUCAUAUUUCUGCUCCGUGUUACGACGAAAAUCGUCUCAUACACACCGAUGGGCAAACCCGCCGAGUCCAUCCAGAGUGGUUACUACGGCAGCCCUCCUCGAGCUCUGUGGUGGCUGAAGCAAUCCAUGAUUUACUUCAUUGGGCUCUUCGGCAUGAAGAUAUGCGUGCUCAUCUUGUUCCUGAUAUUGCCUUGGAUCUCGCGUAUCGGCGACUGGGCUCUAGGCUGGACCGAAGGCAACGAGCGUCUGCAAAUCGUGUUCGUCAUGAUGCUCUUCCCGCUCAUCAUGAACGCCAUGCAGUACUACAUCAUCGACGGCUUCAUCAAGAAGAAUGAGACCGACCACGAAAGGCUACCUUCGGAAGACCCCGACGAAGGUCGUGUCGCUUUUGAUGAUGCUCUGCUAGACAGUGACGACGAUGCGGCAUCUAGCGAAGCUAGCAGCGAGGAUGUGCCGCUAUCGAAACCGAAACCAAAUAGCGUUAAAGGAAUGGUGCGCAAACGAUCGAAAGACGGACGUGAGGAGUACAACCCGGACUCGGACGGUCACACUCCCACAACGGAAAGCUAUCGCAAUCGUGACGAGCAAGACGUGGGAAAACUAUUGCCAAAGGAACUAGUGCCGCCAGAGUAA